CAGACAGUCUACGGCUACUUCCUGGAUGAGAUCAUGGCUGCGACUAAACAAUACAUUUUAAAACUGCUUUUGAUUCAAGCAAGCUGUAACAACGGGUGAUGCUGUGCUACAUUUAAACACUGUUUUAUUUUUUCUCGAUACAUUUAGCUGUCGAACAUAAAAGCGUCUCGUGUUGAUCGUUGCUUGCCUACAUGUAGCCUACUGUUGGAUCUCAAAGUUGCUGUUGUUGAAUAGCUGCUACAAUGUAACAAGAUGUCAACAUCUCCCAGCGUCCUCCCCUGACACGUCAAAGUGAGAUAGUGUUGAAUUGAGAGAACACAAUGGAUAAUGGACGACAAAGCCGUGUUUCACGGCCUCAACAGAUAAUUGAGUCAUCCAAGGUGUACCGUUGGGCUGAGCAAGCUGACUUCCUCCUGCAGGGUCUGAAUGAGCAGCGUCAGCACGGCCAGCUGUGUGACAUGGUGCUGGUGGCUGAUGAGCAGCGUAUCCCAGCCCACCGUGCCCUGCUGGCUGUCUCCAGCCCUUACUUCCAGGCCAUGUUCACCCUGGGCAUGAGGGAGGAGCGUCAGGCAGAAGUGGAGCUGGUGGGGGCUUCCUACAUCGGUCUUAAGGCUGUGGUGGACUUCCUCUACAGUGGGGAGCUGCCUCUGGAUGGAGGGAACAUUGACUAUGUUCUGGAGACAGCCCACCUGCUGCAGGUGUGGACGGCAGUGGACUUCUGCUGCCAGUACCUAGAGAAGGAGGUGAGUGAGGAGAACUAUCUAUACCUGCAGGAGCUGGCUCUGCUCUACAGCCUGGAGAGACUAGACACCUACAUUGACCACUUCAUCCUGGAACGCUUUGCAACCCUCUCCUUCACCCCAGGCUUCCUGAGGGAUGUCCGGCUGCCCAAGCUCAGCUCCUACCUGGCCAGCGGGCAGGUCCAGCAUGAGAAUGAGCAGGCUCUGCUCCAGGCUGCUCUUCAGUGGCUGAGCCACAUGUCUGACCGCCCUGCACACGCCCGCCAGCUGCUCUCCCACAUACGCUUCCCCCUAAUGCCAGCCAGUGACCUGGUAGGGCGCGUCCUCCCGGCUGUACAGGCCCUGCUUCCCCCGGAGGCUGACUGUGAGGUGCUGGUGGAGGAGGCUCUGAACUACCACAACAGGGCCAGUGCCCAGCCCGGGCUGCAGACAGGCCGCACCAUGCUGCGAGGAGGGGAGGAGCGCCUCCUACUGGUGGGUGGGGAAGUGUCAGAGCGCAGGGAGGAGCUGACUGCAGAUGUUAGCUGGCUGGAUGGAGACUCUGGUGAAUGGAUGGUAGAGACCCAGAUCCCGGCACAGAGGAGCCACCACUGUGUCGCUGUACUGGGGGGGUUCAUCUUCACAGCUGGAGGCAGCUCAUCAAGAGAUAAUGGAGGUGAUGCUGCCAGCAACCUGCUGUACCGCUACAACCCCCGCGACAACCAGUGGAUCAAGAGUGCCCCAAUGAAUCAGCGGCGUGUGGAUUUCUACCUGGGAGCCGUUGGGGAGUGUCUGAUCGCUGUGGGAGGGCGUAAUGAUAACGGGGCUCUGUCGUCAGUGGAGGUGUACAGCCCUGCAGACGACUGCUGGACAUACGUAGCAGGACUGCCCAGGUUCACCUAUGGCCAUGCAGGCACAUCUGAUAAAGGAGUGGUCUAUAUCUCAGGUGGCCAUGACUACCAGAUUGGGCCGUACCGGCGAGACGUGUUAAGCUACGACCCCCGAGGAGGAGACGUCUGGGUGGAGCGCCAGGCCAUGUCAUCGGCACGGGGGUGGCACUGCAUGACGUCACUUCACCACCUCAUCUAUGCAGUCGGAGGCAGUGAUGACCACGAGGAGAGCAUUGAUCGUUUUGACAUCCUGGCAGUGGAGGCAUUUGACCCCCAGAGUGAACAGUGGACCCGUAUAGCCCCCCUCCUCCAGCCUAACAGUGAGGCGGGCUGUGGGGUCUGGGGGGGUAAGAUCUAUGUGCUGGGGGGCUACAGCUGGGAGAGCAUGGUGUUCUCACAGGCCACACAGGUGUUUGACCCUGACAAGGGCCAGUGGGUGCGGGGCCCAGAUCUGCCAAAACGCAUCGCAGGGGCUUCAGCCUGUGUGUGCUCAGUGAGACUCCAGCCCUGCAGCCCAGACAGGAAGAGGGCAGGACACAAGGGGAAAGGCAGGCAUCACCCCACCCACCCCAACUAAAGAGGAUACAGAGGACUGCAGGGGAUGGAAGGGGUGAAAAGAGCUGUGUAACUACCAAUGGAACUGUCAGUGGAUUACAUAUAAUAUCAUCUCUAAAAGCACACAAUAGGACUGGUUCUGUAUCAGCUGGUUUGUGAAGGCUUCCAACAUGCCUAACACUGGGGACUGUGAAAAAUGUAUUUGAUUUGCUUAGUAUUACAAUUAAAGCAUAAUCUAUGUGUUUUAACCUAAAAGUUUUGUUUGAUUUAUGAAUUAAGAAAUACUGAGUUCCAUCAGAAUCAGGCAGAAAGGGCAGUGUUGACACACGUAUUCAAAUCAAACCAGCAAAAAAACAACAGCAACAUCCAUUCUUUACCUUAAGUGCUACUAUUUCAUUUAUCAUCCAAGUAUCACCUUACAGGGAAACAAUUUACACUGGUAGAAGACCAUUUGCAGGCGUAUGCUGCUGAUGUUGAUGAGGAGCUGGAUAGUAGUCUGGCCUUGUUAACAUCAGGUUGAGAAGCAGUUAUCUUAUCCCCAAGUGACUUCUCUGUCUCUUGUCUCAAAUGGCUGAUCCUCAGGGACUGUCAUUGGUAUGGAUGAGACUUCAAUCUGAAGAACCGAAACAUACAUUGUCAGGGUAGGAGCAGUUGUUCUCUACAUGGAAUUAUUGAUGUGUAGAAGAGCAUUAAGUAUUUGUAUAAGGAAGGGUGAACCCUGUCUCACGUGUCUGAUGCAGGACUUCUAGCCUCAAUCCAGGCCUUUCAGUGGCCUCCUCCAGAAGUCAAAGAUCUGCAGACAACACACUUCCCAUUUGACUUCUCACUGCACCCUUUUUCAAUGAUUGUCAGAAUUAAUACAUCUCCAUAGAUUUAUGUUAGUGAGUUAGUAAUGUGUGUGAAAGUUAAGUUAAUAACGAUAUUGAUCUACCAAGACAUUGACCUGACAUUGAUCAAACUAUAGCACAAAGACUGAUUCCUAAUUUAAU